AUGGAUGACACAUUGGACUACGAGAGUAUUGCACUAAAAACAAACCAAUUUCCGAAAGAUGUCGAUAGAGGAGAUGAAAGCGGUUUAGAGUGGUAUCUCAGAAUCGAAAAAGAACAAUCUUCUACGGCAGGACUUCAAAAGAUGAAAUUCGUAUGGAAUUUCGAUUGGGAGGAGUUGCGAAACCAAUACAGAGUUCUCGGUUGGAGAGGAACUUUGAUGAUUUAUUUAUGGAACAAGGACCGUUACAUUUGGACGGGACCGCAUGAGUUUGAUGUACAAUUCUUCGGAACCGAAUUUACGAUUCAAAAAGAAUUAGAAAGAAAUAUGGAUCAAUGUUACAGCACUGAUGGAGGCUUUUGGUUCAAACAUUCAUUUGAACUCGAGCCAAUUUUUCAAAAAAGAGUUGCAUUGAUUGUUGAAGGAAGAGAGAUUAAAAUUAACAAAAAGAUUCUCAUCAAGAACUCUACUUACUUUGCUGAACUUCUAAACAACGAAAAAACUGAAAUUCCGAUUCCCACCGCCAAUUAUAACGACAUGAAACAACUUCUCGGAAUGUUUCAUACAGAACCACACGUUCCGAGAGCUUCUUGUUUCUCGAAUGUUCUCCAACUCGCAGAAGAAUACAAGUUACCAUCUGUCCGCAUGUUCCUAGAGUUUCAUCUCUUAAUUAAUAAUGAUAUGUCGCUAAACGAAAAGAUAGAAAUAGCUGACAAAUACAAGAUGGAUCAACUAUUCAAACAAUGUAUCGAUUCUUUGACCUCAAUUGAAGAUGUCAAACAGUUGGUUGAAAAUUCGAAUUUCACCGAAGGUGUCAAAUCGAAAUUAUUUGACAGAAUGAUGUUAUUUCCUAAAUAA